GCAACUCAAAUAUUCAAAAGAUCAUAGAGACACCAAUUUGCGACAAUAUUCACAACGAAUUAUACACGCCUCCGCAUAACAUGAAAUUAUUGCAUGUAUUUGAUAGUGAAUGAUCUUCAUACAUCUAUCCCCAUUAGAACAUAGGAGCAGAGGGUUUUCAUUUAUUUAUCGCGCUCUUGCGCAUUCAUUGUUACGAUGGUCCAAUACGGCAUGGAUGACGCCUCGUUAUCGUCCCCAGACCCCCUCGCCGACUCCUUGACAUAUCAGGUACCGCCGAGUUCGAAACGACGAAAGACUCCCUCGUCGCGUUUAUCACUGCCAUUACCAGCCAGUUCUCCGAAAAAACAAAUCUUUGAAUUGGAUGUGGGAAAUACGUUAUCACCACAGAAAAUCAGAGUUACAGUAGAAGCAGAAGAUUCGGACAGCGAGGAUGACCAUGCCAAUCUCAGACCUCAUAAUUUCAGCUCACCUACACCUGCGCCAGUACCCCGUCGAAUAGAGCGAACGACGACGACAACAGUGCCCUUACGAGGACUUUCCGACUCUGAAAAUGAUAACAGCAUUAGAUAUGAGGUCACACCGAAGAGGCCGAGAGGUCGGCCGAGAAAAUCAAACACUCCGGUCCAAAAACAGGGCACUUUAAAUCGAGUUGGAAAACGUGGACGGAAAAGUAUUGGGGAGGAGGUGGACAGUCAAGGCCAAGAUGUCAACGACGAAGAAGUCUCGGCGGGAAAUUCUAGAUCACGAUCGAAAUCAACAAAAGCUAUUAAAAAGGCGACACCACGUAAGAGAAAAGCUAGUUCGGAUUUGGUCCCAUCGAGUGUGGUAAAGAGAGGUCGCGGUAGGCCAAGAUCUAAGCUACGAGAAGAAAUACGACUAUCAGACGGAAGUGAUGUGGUAGAGCAAGUACAAACUCCCAAUGCUGAGCCUGAGGUGGGAGAGGCUGAAAUUCAUGAGGAAUUGAUGCCGGAAGAGAUUGAUCUUUUGGCAACCAUCGAUGCCAAUUCGCAAAGUCCAAUUUCGCAGUACCCAGCCUACCAAUCCACAUCGACUUUCCCAAGUAGUGACGAUCUUGAGGAAGAUGUUGUCAUUGCAAGAUUUCACCCUGGAGAUGAAACGCCUCGAACAACAGGUUGGUCAAGCGUUUUAGAGACAUCUCAAAUGCCAAGUUCAUCAAACAGGGCACAGGAAGAAACAAGUCCUCUGAGUGAAAGUUUGAAAAAUGGCGCUCUGUCUCCGGAAGCAAAUGGUCCCAUUGAAGAUGAUGACAACCGCGAUUAUGGAGGCAAUGGUUUUGAUGAUGAUGAGACGGAUGAAGAUUUUGAUGAAACGCGUGAUAUGGGACAAUUUUCCGACGGGAGAACGAACAAUGCUACUGAAGAAAUGCAAGAGGAGGAUUUCGAAGAUGAAAUGGACGAUGAUAUGGAUCAUAGACCUGAAUUUGACACUGUUAUGGAGAGUGAAGGGUUUAGUUUGAUAUCACUUGAUUCUGUACCGUCGUUGAGGAAACCCUUGAACGGAUUACUCCAAGAUGAGGGGCAAAACUCGGCUGCACGUCCACAGAAUAAAAACAUUCUUCCAGUCCAAAAUACAGUACAGCACAAUUCAUUUCCAAGCGUAGCACCAGAGAUCCUGGAAGCUGCAACACCAGGCAAGAAACUUAAAAAUUCUCACCUUUUCCGCGUCCAGGAAGCUCGAAUUGAUGAUUCAUUUUCGAGCAUACCACCCGAAAUUCUCGAGGCCGCAACCCCAGCCCCUGUGCGAAAAUGGGGUGUUGAGACGUUACAUCCAGAAGGUUCAACGGUAGUUGAAAAAAAUGUAGCCGGCUAUGCUGAUAGCAGCCUGUCGGAUACUCGUAUCAAGCCUCCCAGAAAAGCUGGAGGAUUAGGCAAGGAUUUAUCGUCCACCAAGCAUGGAGCUCCACUUGACGCUGCCACCCCACGUUUAAUGCGCCAGGCACCGCUUCGGCCAAGUUCAAUAAAGAAAUCGGAAGCUAAAUCUAAGACAAACUCCAAGCCACCACAAGAUCGCCCGAAUUUAUCUCAUCCUGCAACAUUAUCAAAGCCAUCCAAAUCACCCUCACCACCAAUCAGAGAAUCUAAGCAGCCAGCUUCAAUAAAAAACAACGAUGGCAAAUUUCCAGGAAAUCAAGAUGCCGAAACCCCUGCUGAAGAAUCCUUCGUCAACUCGCAAAUCCAUUCCUCGCCGCCUGCAAUUGCAUCACGCAGAUUCACAUAUACAGCAGCACAUGGUCAGCAGCAAAGGCAAACAAACCCCAAGCUGACACAGACUCCAGCGAUUGUCUUCUCAUCCCCCACUUUGCCACCACCUAUCCAGCCACCAAGGCAACCAUCCGAGAGGCCAGAGUCUUCGAACACAAAUGCAUCUUCACCUGCUGAAAAGGCUGGCCGUAUUUUGCAAGAUAUCGUUAUACCAUCAUCAUUGCCUAGAAGUAGAUCCGAGAGUCUAGCUAGUCCAUUUAAGAGUCCAGCAACAGGGAGAAGAUCUAGCUCAAGCGCAUAUCCAGAUACCAAUAUCAGUCGUUCUAUGCCCGCUGAGCAACCUCAAACUUCGCUGCCAAAACUAGAUCGCAAUGGAGACUUGGGUUCGAAAAAUCCGCGGAGAAGAAGCUGGAGUAGGCCUGUUCUCGAUGAGGACCCAUUUGUUGGAAAUGGGGUGGCACAAAGACAUCCAUCUACGGAUAAAUCUAAAAACUUCAAUCUUGAGCUACCUAGUAGCCGCCGCAUGUCCGUUUCUUUAAAUGCAGCGGUCAUUCCUCAGCACGAGUCGUCAAGAACUAUUAAUUCUAUGAAUUCACAGCUUGAAGAGACGGGCAGCAACGGAGCUGUUGAAAAACCAGUGCCGUCGUCAUCGUCAUUAGAGAAAAAGCCCUUGGAGACUAAAAGAACUUUGAGUAGCCUACAAGAGAAAUGGGCUGCAGAACGAGCUGCGAUAAGCAAACAAAUCUCUAGAAUCAGCACCAAUGAAGUUAUGGUUCUAAGUUCCGAUGAUAAUGAUGAUGAGGACGACGGCGGUAAUGAUGAUGAUGAUGAUGAUGAUGAUGAUAAUAAUAAUAAAGCCGAAGGUGAAGAUUACGAUGAUAAUGAUCUGGUUGCAGGCGAAGAGCAGGAAAACUUACCUGGAAAGAUGCUUACUAAUCUUGAAGGUGAUGAUAAUGUCCAUGAUAAUGUCGAUAAAAAUGAAGAAGACUAUGAGGACGAUGAAAGCUUUGGACUCUUACUGGAGACCUUAGACGCUUCCAACCAGGAAGACCAGCUUCACUCUGACAAAUCCGAUUACGCGGAACGACCUAAACGAAGUAAAAUUCCUAGCCCAUGGAGAACGAAUAGCAAACGUUUAGUCUAUAGCGACGAGCUUGCUAGCCUAUCUCCUGACCAUGACGCAGAAGCUCCCACGAUUGAAGAACCAUCGCCAAAAAGCGUUUCAAAGCAGGUUGAUGCAUCCAAAAGCUCUAAAAAUAAUCCCCAACACGAUAGUGACUCGACUCUUGACUUGUCUGGAUGGCAGAUACCACAAAAGCAGAAUUUUCAGCCAAAGAUUCGUAGCCUAGGCAAUACGAAGCCUGAUAUGUCUGCACUUCUGCGAUCAUCGCCAUUCGGCGGGCUACCAACUCUUUCUAAUAGAGAAGAGCCGAGCACUGAAGGACAAUCAUCGAAAGGGAUACCAUCUCCGCGGGCAUCAAAUUCUGACCCUCCUCAAGACAGUUCAUCUGGCGAGACCGAAGAAAACACGAGCUCAUUUGCUCCCAUUCCCCAAAAAGUGGGAUUCCAGCCUCGAGUUCGUAAGAAUGGUGAAGGGCCAACUGCACCCAUCUCUCAACCAAUAAGAGGCAUCUUUGGGAAACUGGGAACUACAAGGACCAGUCUUCCAACCCCAGAGACAUCGUCAUCGUCUUUAGUCGGUGCUCUUACAAAUACAUCACCAAGCAGGAGCAACAAGCUCAAAACUCCUAUCAUCCAACCUGACUCUACCCAGAGUUCUUCUUCUCAACUCUCAGUAUCUAAUGCAGCCGCGCCCAUCAAAACAACAGAAAAACCACAGCUUCAAAAUCCUAAGCCAAAAUGGACUGAACACCGUCUCGAAGCUCCCAUUCCUCCUUCCCCUACAAAAUCUAUACUCCGCUCACCUCAACGCUCUACUGCCCCACUGUCUCAACCUUCCCCUAGCAAAAACGUCGUCUUUGCGUCCUCCUCUCCACAAGCCAGUUCUCCUCUAAACCCCCAACUUUCUCCUACACACUGGACACGCGAUCACUGGCUUCUUCUUGACUCCAUUCUACAAACUUGGAAGCCCGAGAAUCAGAACCAAGAGGCCGCCGAUUUCGAGGCUAAUCCAACUGCAUCUUCCAACUCUAAGUACGGGAGAAGAAAUUCAACAAGAGUUAUCAGUGGCUUAUUAGGAAAGAUAGUAAACCUCAAAGACAAAGGAGUGGGCGUCGGCGAGGGAGGGGUCAGGAUCUUUGAAAAUGGGAACAAAGAGGGUAAAGAAAUUGGGAAUGAGAAGAUGAGAUUGGAACAGUGGCAUCUAGAAGCGGUGGAUGAGUUCAGGGGGGAGGUUCCAGGGUGGGAUGAGGCGGUUGUGGCAAAGAGGGUUUUUGCACUGCUAGUGGGAGAGGAGAGGAGGCGGAAGGGAGUUAGUUCUUAAUGAUCGCUGAUAAUUUGGGCACGAAUGAAUGUCAAAGCGUGGAUUUUAUCAGGCUUAUGGUUGAGCUUUGGACAGUGGACAAUGGGCGUGAGGUUCUAGGAGAUGGGUGCAUAGUUGGAUAAAUCACAUCACCCACCUCUACUUUCUUUUUUUCGACUCUGUAAAUAUGUAUGUGUGCUUUUUUGGGUUUCUGGGCCAUAUCAUGGUCCUUGUAUACCUUGUAUUUGGAGCUUUCUAAAGCGAGCGAGCGAGCUCAUUAUUUGGAGCACUUUGGCGUAAAGGAAUAUCUGGAUGGAGGGUUACCUGGGUAGCAUAAGUGUAGCAUGCAUGUAUGAUUUUGGGAGCGAAACGUGUGGACUGUGAAAAAGCAAGUGAGUUUGCUGGCACUUCCUUUGGAUGUUUUGGGUACGGAGUUUUAGCCCAGGAGUAUCACGUGUAUUAUUGUGAGAAGCUAUAUUAUGAUAUCAUGAAAGGGAAUUGAAGAAAUUGGACA